AUGUCAGCCGCGCCCCCCUCCAAGGAUAUCGCGCCGGCGAGUCUGUUCGGCGUGCCGUUGGGCCUCAUCUCGCUCGUGACUUUGACGUGCCAAAACUCGGCCUUGACCAUCGUAUUGCACUACGUCAGUUGUCUCUGUCUUGUCCAAAGUCUUGUUUGGUGCUGCUGACAUCUAAUCGUUCCUUCUGUCUCCCGCACCGGCGCGUGCAAUCGCUCUCACAUCACCGCGUUGGUGGACUGCGCUGGCCUCGCGUUGCCGAUUGGGCUCCGCUGCGAUACCUCGACAACGUGGCUCGUGGCUUGUCCAUCUCCGACUGUUUGACCCCGACGGUCCGCGCUCAUCUCGACGAUUCGCUACUCCGCAUUUCACGAUCCAUGAACUACCUCUUUCGAUUCCGGAAAUGUGCACAUCUUCCCACAGUCAAGGAUCCGCGUCCCUGCGGAUAGGAUGUACUCGGCCGCCGAGGCGGUCCUGCUCAACGAACUGCUCAAGGGGUCCAUCUCCUUCUCGAUCGCGCUGUACAACACCUUGCGCUCUCAACCGCUGUCCUCGUCACGUGCCGGGGCCUACUCGCCCGUCGCCACCACCGACGAAGACAGCUUCUCGGACGUUGCGGCUUCAAAGGAGUUCCAUCAGCAGCACGCGCCGACUUGGCAAGAACUGUGCGCGGUUCCCAAGAUCCUCAACGCGGCGCAACAGACGGGGCGCGAUAUCUUCUCGUGAGUACUUCCUGAGCAUGACUAUCUCUCGAGUAGGGUCUCUUGAGGCUAACUUGAUGAGCUGUACCUGGGUGUGAUGUAGAUCCGACUGCUGGAAGCUCUCGAUCCCGGCCUGCCUUUACGUCAUUCAGAACAACGUGAGUAUGCGCAAUCGCAUGGAAGGCCAGCCCACUCGCACUGGAGCUCACUCCCAAAGUUUUAAUCCAUUACAGCUUCAGUUCGUUGCUGCGAGUAACUUGGACGUUCCGACAUUCCAGGUCACCUACGUGAGUCUGGGCGAGCGAGUUUCAUUCUGCUGACGGACCCGCACUCAUCUAAUCAAAACCCACAACUCUGGUGAUGACAGAACCUCAAAAUCCUGACGACCGCUCUCUUCUCGGUUAUCCUGCUCCGAAAACGUUUGUCGGCCAAGAAAUGGCUCGCUCUGUUCUUCCUCGCCGCAGGAGUCGGUGUCGUACAGCUCCAGUCCACGGCUGCCAAGGGAGGCUCGGGAGAAGUGGCUGGGCAUGCGCAACUCGAUCGGUUCAAGGGACUCGUCGCCGUCGGAGCGGCCUGCAUGACGAGUGGGUUGGCCGGUGUCUAUUUUGAGCUUGUUCUCAAAGGAUCCAAAGUCGACCUAUGGGUCCGCAACGUACAGCUGUCUUUCUUCUCCCUCCUUCCCGCGCUCCUCCCCGUCUUCUUUCCCGACUUUACCCUCUUUGGUGGCGGCUCCUCCGUCACGACGUCGGUCGUCGCGGAAUCAAGACCACUGUUUGCCUACUUUGGGCUGUGGGCUUGGGCCGUCGUUCUGAUUCAGGUCGUUGGAGGUCUUGUGACGGCUCUAGUCAUCAAGUUCAGGUGAGUUCUGGUGUCCGUGCAGUGAGAAAGACGCCGAUCUGCUUCCCCUAGCACUCCUUUGCUCACCCAUCCUCGUCUUAUCAUUCUGCUCGCAGUGACAACAUCAUGAAGGGGUUUGCGACUUCGCUCGCCAUCAUUCUCUCAUUCAUCGCGGGCAUGAUCUUGUUCAACUUCCGCGUGACACCUGCCUUCCUCGUCGGCACUUGCAUCGUCGUUGGCGCGACGUACUUGUACAACCAGCCCGACCCCAAGCCGCGCCAACCGGGUGCCGUCAAUAAUUUCCCACUAGCCCACGUUCAUGCCGGGUCCAACGUGUCGGCCAAAAAUUUCGGCAUCCUUCCGGCAAACCAGGCAGUGGGGAGUCGCCCUGCGCCACGAAUUGAGACGCACCGAUCUUCCGAUUCGGGUUCGGCCGGCUCGCAAGUUUCGUACACGCCCGGAGUGCAUCCUGCGACGUACAGAAGAUCACACCAACAACAAGGUUCGAUCUCGGGGCCCACGACGCCGGACAUCACCUUGCCCGGGUUCGGUCAGAGCAACGGGGACUAUACAAAUCUGGGUCUCACGAACGGGACGCCCGGUUCGCCGCAGCGAGGGGGGACGGUGUCGCCGUACCAGUCGACGCCACCCAAGGGUGUUUCGUCUAAGCAGACGCCUACAAGUCCUUUGGGGGCGGGUGUGGCGGCUUUCUCGGGGACUCGAUCAUAA